UAGGUAUAAAAAAACUCAGAAGAGAGAGGGAGAAGUUGAAUUGAAAUGUUGUGUGUGAGAUACAUAAAUCUCUGAAACAGCGUUUCAGGGUUUUAGCAUUCGAUUCUACAACAACCUACGACUAGUUCACCAUAACAUCAAAAUAAAGUGAGUCACCAAUUCCAUCAAUUGUAUUCAUUCAAUGUUCCAUAAUCGCCAAUUGCUUUUUACUUCUUCCAAUCUCUAUAAACUCACCCACCAUCUUCCCUUUCUUUCUCGCUCUCACUCCUCCACUUCCCCAACACCCUUUUCCCCAAAGUUUACGUUUUUACCUUCUACAACCGGUUUCACUUCCACGUGGGGAAUCCCAGGUUUGUUCAAAGAUUCAAACUUUAUAGAUAAAAAUGUUAGUUUCAUUAGAUGUUACUGUAAUAAUAGUGGUGGGUCUAAGGAAUGGACAGAGGAAAUUGAAUAUUUAGAUGAAUCAGGUAGUGUUAUUUAUAAGGGUAAGGGUGUUAGGUCUGUGAUGCCUGGGGUUGAUGAUCAUGUUAUGGUGGGUGAGGUUAAGAAACCCUUUUUGAAUGCUUUGGCUGGUGCAAAAAUUGUUGACGUUGUUAUGAGGUGGAAGUGGGGUCCUGAAUUGGAGACCCAAUUGGAUAAACUUCAGUUUGUACCAAACAUGACUCACAUUGCUCAAGCUUUGAAGCUUAUUAAUGAUGGUGACGCUCGUUUGAGUUUGUUUAGGUGGGCUAAGAGACAAUCUUGGUAUUCACCUAGUGAUGAUUGUUAUGUUAUGUUGUUUGAUGGUUUGAAUCAGCGUAAGGAUUUUGAUGGGAUACAAUCGUUGUUUGAUGAGAUGGUUGGUGAUUCUAGUAAUAGUGGGGUUUCGUUGGUUGUUUCGUGUAAUCGAGUGAUUCGGUACUUGGCUAAGGCUGAGAGGUUGGAAGUUGCUUUUUGUUGCUUUAAGAAAAUACAGGAUGGGGGUUGUGAAGUUGACACGGAAACGUAUAAUUCGCUUAUUACUUUGUUUUUGAAUAAGGGUUUGCCUUAUAAGGGGUUUGAGAUAUAUGAGAGCAUGGAGAAAGCCAAUUGUUCGUUGGAUAGUUCAACUUAUGAGUUGAUGAUUCCAAACUUGGCAAAGUCGGGCCGUCUUGAUGCUGCUUUCAAACUUUUCCAAGAAAUGAAAGGAAGAGAUUUCCGUCCGGGUUUAAACAUUUUUGCAUCGCUUGUCGAUUCAUUGGGGAAGGCAGGGAGAUUGGACAGUGCUAUGAAAGUUUACAUGGAGAUGCGAGGUUAUGGGUACCGGCCACCCCCUACUAUAUACGUUUCUUUAAUUGAAUCUUAUGUAAAAUCGGGAAAGUUAGAGACCGCUUUGAGGCUUUGGGAUGAGAUGAAAUUAGCAGGGUUCAGGCCAAACUUCGGCUUGUAUACGUUGAUCAUCGAGUCCCAUGCAAAAUCAGGGAAGCUUGAUAUUGCUAUGUCUGCAUUUUCAGACAUGGAGAAAGCUGGAUUUCUACCGACUCCAUCUACGUAUGCUUGUCUCUUGGAAAUGCACGCUGCGUCUGGACAAAUUGAUCAUGCCAUGAAACUGUACAAUUCAAUGACUAAUGCAGGUUUAAGGCCAGGCCUAAGCACUUACACCAUUCUUUUAACUCUACUGGCUAAUAAGAAGCUGGUGGACGUCGCGGCCAAAAUUCUACUUGAAAUGAAGGCCAUGGGAUAUUCUGUGGAUGUAACAGCUAGUGAUGUUUUGAUGGUGUAUAUCAAGGAAGGUUCGGUUGAUCUUGCUUUGAGGUGGUUGCGUUUCAUGGGUUCGUCUGGGGUCAGAACCAAUAAUUUUAUAAUUAGGCAGUUGUUUGAGUCUUGCAUGAAGAACGGGAUAUAUGAGUCAGCCAAGCCUCUUCUCGAGACAUAUGUUAACUCUGCUGCAAAAGUCGAUUUGAUACUUUACACCUCUAUUUUAGCUCAUCUUGUCAGGUGCCAAGAAGAAGAGAAUGAGAGGCAUUUGAUGUCCAUCCUUAGUGCUACAAAGCAUAAGGCACACUCUUUUAUGUGUGGACUUUUCACUGGUCCGGAACAGAGAGGGCAACCGGUUUUGUCUUUUGUCAGGGAAUUUUUCCAAAGUAUUGAUUACGAAUUGGAGGAAGGUGCUGCAAAGUACUUUGUCAAUGUUCUUCUCAAUUACCUAGUUCUUAUGGGACAGAUAAAUCGAGCUCGGUGCGUUUGGAAGGUUGCUUAUGAGAAUAAACUUUUCCCAAAGGCUAUAGUUUUUGAUCAGCACAUUGCUUGGUCACUUGAUGUUAGAAACUUGUCGGUUGGAGCCGCCCUUAUAGCAGUAGUGCACACUCUUCACAGGUUCAGAAAGCGUAUGCUAUAUUAUGGUAUUGUCCCGCGACGGAUUAAAUUGGUGACGGGACCAACUUUAAAGAUUGUGAUUGCACAGAUGUUAAGCUCAGUAGAGUCGCCGUUCGAGGUGAGUAAAGUGGUUCUUAGGGCACCGGGAGAUUCUGUCAUGGAGUGGUUUAAGAAACCAAUAGUUCAGCAGUUUCUUCUGAAUGAAAUUCCAUCUAGGGCUGAUAUCCUGAUGCACAAGCUGAACAUACUUUUCCCCAACUCUGCUCCCGAAAUUAGAUCUCUGUCGCCUCCUAAACCUCUACUUGCAGGCCGAGCAGAGUAAACAGUCUUAAUGUUUGAGGUACACUUUCUUUGUAUGUUCGGUAAGCUGAUACUAUAGACAGAUAUGUACUAUUUAAGAAUUUUGAAUGAAAUAUUUUUAGAUUUA